GUAAACAGACGUUGACUUUUGCACGAUGAUGUCCAGCAUGCGUUCCCACAUCUCAGCUACUGAAGGAGCCGGCAAGCCAAGGGGCGGGGAACGUCCUGAUCGGGUGCUAGCGCAGCCCUUUUCGGGAUGGACCCACAAAACCAUGACCGACAGCAUCGACGACUUCUUGAAGGCGUCGAAGCUCGAUGACUAUGCCCACUACAUCCGCAAAGGUGCUUUUCUAGCACAAUCGAAAGCUGCAUUUCCCAAAGACCGGGAGCGGUCUGACGGCCUCACCCUGGAGCCUACCGAACGGCACUACCUCGAUCUGGAAUAUAGCACCAGGAAGAUUGACACAUUCAAGCAGCCAUGGAGGCUCUAUAUCCUCAUAGCCUGUUGCUCGCUGGGCGCCGCUGUCCAGGGCAUGGAUGAGACCGCUGUCAAUGGAGCCCAGAUAUACUAUCAAGAAGCCUUUGGCAUCGCCGGUAAAGAUGGCUGGAUUGGCUUACUCAAUGGUGCUCCAUAUCUAUGCUGUGCACUUUCCUGCUGGCUCAACUAUCCUCUAAACAGAUUAUUGGAUCGUCGAGGUGUCAUAUUCUUGACUUGUUUCAUAAGUUCUGCAACGUGUCUUGGUCAAGCGUUCCCUCAAACAUGGAAGCAAUUAUUCCUUGCCAGGUUUCUGCUUGGAUUCGGCAUUGGGCCGAAGAGCGCGACGAUUCCGAUCUAUGCUGCAGAAUGUGCUCCGGCGAACGUCCGCGGUGCUCUAGUCAUGAUGUGGCAGAUGUGGACUGCAUUUGGGAUAAUGCUAGGAUAUAUUGCAGGUGUAGUCCUGGCUGGUGUUAGGGACGGCAACAAUCCGGAAAUAUGCAUCGUCGACCCAAAAAACGCCAACUACCACCGAUCAAUGCUACUGACCGCACGAUGCAGCUUGAAUUGGCGCUUGAUGCUUGCUAGUCCGAUGGUAUUGCCGCUGAUCGUUGUGGCAUACGUCUAUUGCUUGCCUGAGUCACCUCGAUGGCUUCUGAUGAGAGCAAGGCAAGGGAAUAAGGCCAAAUAUGAGGAAGCUUUCCUAUCGCUAUGCAAGCUUCGCCACACCAAACUGCAAGCCGGACGAGAUCUAUUCCUAAUCAACCAUCUUCUCAAAGGCGAAGAAGAAAUUACGAGGAAUAAUAAGCCAUUUACAGAGCUCUUCACAUUGGGACGUAACCGCAGAGCUCUCACGGCUAGUGUCAUUGUAAUGUUCCUUCAACAGUUCUGCGGAGUAAAUGUUACUGCUUAUUAUUCCAGCUCCAUUCUCGUACAAUAUGCCGGUUUUAGUAAUCGGAAUGCUCUGCUGGUUUCAAUGGGCUUUGGCAUCAUAAAUUUCCUCUUUGCCAUUCCCGCCAUUUGGACCAUUGACACGUUCGGCAGACGCAACCUACUCCUCUCGACGUUCCCCUUUAUGGCCCUCUUCCAGAUACUCAUGUGCAUCGCGUUUCGAUUCCGAAAGGGCUCCAAUGCUCAAACAGUAAUUGCAAUUCUGGCCAUGUAUCUAUUCGGCGUGGCAUACAGUCCCGGUGAAGGGCCUGUGCCUUUCGUUUACUCCGCAGAAUCAAUGCCCCUCUACAAUCGAGACUUUGGAAUGGGCAUCGUAACAUCCGUCUUAUGGUUCUUUAACUUCUUCCUCUCAAUUACCUGGCCCAAAUUCGUCACCGCCUUCACUGCCUCCGGCGCCUUCGGCUGGUACGCCUGCUGGUGCGUUAUCGGGUGGUGGAUGAUUCUCCUCUUCGUCCCAGAAACGAAAGACCUCACACUCGAGCAACUCGACCAAGUCUUCCAAAUCUCGACGCGCGAGCACGCGGCCCAUGGACUUUCUCAGCUCAUGUGGUUUAUCCGGCGAUAUAUGUUCAGGAGGCGGGGAAUCAAGAAGCCGAUUUUCAUCCACAAGGAGGACCCGGAUGAGGUGUAUAUGACGGGGGGAAGUGGCUAUGAGGAGGUAGAGGAGGAGAAGUCGGUUGGGGCGUCGACGGGGGUGAUGAUGCAUUAGUCGAUGAUGUGGUGCAAAGGCCACAGUACCAACUCUCAUUCACGCUCUUUAGGAUUUCAUAUUUCGUCCGCUUUUUUGUUGAUAUGCCGAUGACCCUGAGGCUGCGAUUCGACACUCUGCGCAAUUCAAUGGCUAGGUAUUCCGGGUAGCUCUCAUGAGCUUUAGCUUGCCUCAUGGUAGAUAUCCUUCUCUUCUCUCCUCACCCACUCAGGCUAGUAAACUAGCCGACUCUUAGGUCUUCUAUAUGCGUACAUACAUCUAUUUUUUACUUCUCAAAUAGUCUAGCGAGCUUGCGAGUUAUUUGAGAUGCUAGACUCAUCUCAUGUCACUCAGGUUCCUGUAAGCAUGUUGAAACACCGAAGACAAUAUUGAGUAAAUGUGUGCGGUACGUAACGGACGUAUGUAUUUCAUUGAGCCAGCACGCUAUAGCAAUGGAACGUACGAACAAUACGCACAAUC